GGGCUAAUAGUCAUUCUUGGGAUGGAAGCGGCUGGGAAACUCCACUCCUCCAGAGCCGAACCACCCUUGGUACCAAGCCCUUGGAGCGGGAGGGGGAGUGUCUCCGGGCCUGGACGGUCCAGCCAGCCCACAGCCGGGUUGCCAGCUCCCAGAUGGAAAACUGAAGAUUUGGGGCGUGAACCCUGGAGAGGGCAGGCUUUGGAGCGGAGAAACAGCUCGGAGGGGUCUAACGCCAUGGAGAUCGCCCUCCAGAGCAGCUGUUUCCUCCAGGGGAGCUGAUCUCUGUGGCCGGGGGCUCAGUUGCAACGCCGGGAGAACUCCAGCUACCCCCUGGAGGUUGGAAACCUAAGCGAACCGGUCUUUGCUGCCGGCUGAUCAAGGGUUACGCGAAGGCCACUGCCUCCAGGCAGGAGGGGCCGCCUCUGGACUGCCGAUGUGGAGCGCAGGAGUAGAGCCUGGGCGGAGGAAGGGGCGGCAGGUAACGGAACACAGCACAAUCUCUGCACGCAUAGGAUGCACGUCUGAAGCCUCGGUGCUGCAGGGCGGCUUCGGCGGCUGGGCCUCGGAGGUGGUAAAGGGCGCUCAUUCGUCUAGGGGGGCGCGCCGUGGCCGCAAAGUUAUAGCAAGGGAGCCAGCUGGGGAACGGGGGAGGAAGGACGGGGCGAUCCCGCAACCAGACGUGGCGACGCCCUUCUGAAACUCCCCUGCCUGCCAGAGGCCAGAACAGCUGAUUCCUCGUCGCGAGAAAGGAGGGAAGAUUGGACCACCGAACAGGCGUGAGAACGAGCGCCCCCCCCAACCGAAUCUAGAAUGGACCAGUCUUUUGCCAUCCAGGAGACGCUGUCAGCUGGAGAAACUUGCCUGGCUAUAUCCUUCAAUAAGGGAGAGAACAUGAAUGCAGAUGGGUGCUCUGCUUUGCUGGGCUCCUCUCAUGCGAGCAUGCUGGCUGCUUAUUAUGAGGAAACUGCAAGAGGCUAAAACUAAUGUAUGUGUGUUGCAUGUGCAUGCUCCUGGGACCCUUUGGGAGGUUGCCAGCUCCUGCCCUAGGAGAGUCAGUAAUUUUAUUGACACUUCCUUGACCAUCAGUUGCACACUGUGCAAGGAAUCCUAGCUGCUGAGGAGGGCAUGGAGAGCCGACUGUUGAGCCUCGUUGAGAGCCAUGGGAAGUCCAUGAUAUGCCUUUACACACACCGGAGAAUGGCCAUCACCGCAGAGGAUGUUUGCCUGGACAGGAUUCUACUAAUCCAGGAUGGAUUUACAGUGGAAGAAGUCACCCCAGAGAAUGACCUGCAGAUUCUAGGCUCUGAUGUUACAGUCCAGAUCACCUCUGGCGAUGCCGAGUUGCUGGUGCGGCUGCCCUUCGGCUCACAGACCCAGAUGUUCCUGCAGGAGGUCAGGAGGCGCUGCAGUCCAGGAGUUGCCAGGAGUGAAGAUGCAACAGCAGUAGACCCAGAACAAAGCACCAGUGGUGAGGCCAAGACUGCUUCCACAUACAGAGAUCAGAAGCCAAAGACUGCCAGCGAGAUGCCCACAUCUGAACAAGCACAGGGCCUGUCCACUCGGCCACCUUGGCUGAGAGACACCCUCAUCCAGUCCUGGCUCACACAGAAGGAAGAUUCAUACACACAUCUUCAGAGCUUCAGGUUCUUUGUUGGGACAUACAACGUGAAUGGCCAAUCACCCCAAGAAAGCCUCCAGCCCUGGCUAAGUCAAGAUAAAGAGCCUCCCGAUGUUUACUGUGUGGGCUUCCAAGAGCUUGACCUAAGCAAAGAGGCCUUUUUCUUCAAUGACACGCCCAAAGAAGAGGAAUGGUUUAAGGCUGUCACAAAGGGCCUUCACCCAGGAGCCAAAUAUGCCAAGGUGAAGCUUGUCCGACUGGUUGGAAUCCUGUUGCUGCUGUAUGUGAGGACAGAGCUUGCCAUGAACAUCUCUGAGGUGGAGGCUGAGACGGUCGGUACAGGCAUCAUGGGCAGAAUGGGCAACAAGGGUGGGGUAGGCAUCCGGUUCCAGUUCCACAACACCACUGUCUGCGUGGUCAAUGCCCACCUGGCAGCCCAUGCUGAGGAAUACGAGCGGAGGAACCAAGAAGUCCAAGACAUCUGUGCCCGGAUGCAGUUCCACCAGCUGGAGCCCAGCCGCCCACUCCUUACCAUAGAUGGGCAUGACAUUGUCUUGUGGUUGGGAGACUUGAACUACCAGCUGGAGGAGCAGGACACGGAGCGGGUGAAGAAGCUGAUCCAGGCCCAGGACUUCCAAGCCCUUUAUCGGCGUGACCAGCUGAAGAUUCAGAUGGAUGCCAAGGUGAUAUUUCAAGACUUCAGGGAGGGAGAGAUUUCCUUCCAACCCACCUACAAAUACAUCCCUGGCUCUGACGACUGGGAUGACAGUGAGAAGUGCCAUGCCCCAGCCUGGUGUGACAGGAUCCUCUGGAGAGGGAAGACAGUCUCUCAGCUGAGCUACCAAAGCCACACGGCCCUGAAGAAUAGUGACCACAAGCCUGUCAGCGCCCUCUUUGAUGUUGGGAUAAAGGUGAUGGACGAGAAGCGCUAUCGCAAAGCCUUCGAGGAAAUUGUGCGCUCUUUGGAUAAGAUGGAGAAUGCCAGCAUCCCGUCCGUGACUCUGUCCAAGAGAGAGUUCCUUUUCAAGGAUGUGAAGUACCUGCAACGUCGGGUGGAGACCUUCACCAUCUGCAAUGGCCCAGUCCCCUGCCAGUUUGAGUUUAUUAACAAGCCCGAUGAGGACACCUACUGCAAGCCGUGGCUGAUCGCCAAACCAAGCAAGGGCUUCCUGUUGCCAGGUUCGGAGUUGAUGAUGGAAUUAGAACUACUUGUAAAUAAAUCAACAGCGACAGCCUUGAAUUCUGGAGAAGGCAAGCUGGAGGACAUCUUAGUGCUGCACCUGGAUAGAGGCAAGGAUUAUUUCCUGUCUGUGUCAGGGAACUACUUGCCCAGCUGUUUUGGGUGCCCCAUCCAGGCACUCUGCUACAUGAAGGAGCCCAUCCGAGAGACGUUGCCCAAGGCAGUUAGGGAGUUGACCUUGAUGCCGUUGUCGACAGAGGAUGCUUUUCUGGAAGAGAAGCCCUUGGACAUCCCCAAGGAGUUGUGGAUGAUGGUGAACCACCUGUAUCGCAAUGCUUGCCAACAGGAAGAUCUUUUCCAGCAGCCAGGCCUGAGGCCAGAGUUUGACCAGAUCCGUGACUGGCUGGACACAGAGACGCUGGACGUGCUUGUGCCAGUCGGCAGCAACCACGCUGUGGCUGAAGCACUGCUGCUCUUCUUAGAGAGUCUUCCUGAACCAGUCAUCUGCUACAAGUUGUACAAAAGCUGCCUGGAAUGUGCCAACAGCUAUGAGAUGAGCAGUCAGGUUGUUGCUAUGCUGCCCAAGUGCCAUCAAAACGUUUUCCGUUACCUGGUAGCAUUCCUGCGGGAGCUGCUGAAAUACUCUGGGAAGAACCAUUUGGAUGUGAAUAUUCUUGCUACUAUAUUUGGCGGCUUGUUGGUGCGCCCUCCUUCUGGCCACACCAAGCCAGGCACAGCGGAAAAGCAGAAGGCACAGCAAUUCAUCCUGCAGUUCCUCUGCCAGCAAGGGGACGUGCCGGGUUAUAGAUUACUGCAAAGAUAACAUUUGAUGCAAUCCAAGUAUUAGAUUUUAUAUGACACUAAUACAUUUUAAUGCAAAUGCAACAUGUAUUCCGGGAUACAGGUCCGGCGUGAUGAAAUACUAAUGGUGCAAUGUACCUCUUGAGUCAUCCCAAGCAUUGUGAUAAAACAGUCUUGUCUCUGUAUCACCGCCUCCUCGCUUAACUGCCUGUAAUGUUAAAACAGAAAAUUUUAUAAUUACAUUAAAGCUAUAUUUUGUAAAGAAUACACUUUAUUAACUUCA